GAUUUUAUCCAAUGGGUAUUUGUUUAAUAUCAACAGACGAAUCAGCGGAUACAUUUCGUACAUUAUUUCGUGGUAUUCAACAAUGGGCAUCAGCAGUUAAUAAUCAAGCCUAUACAAUCUUACAUGUUAUGGCUGAUGGAGCACCCGGUUUAACAAGUGCCAUGUCUGAAAUUCCAUUAGCAAGACGUUUAAUGUGCUGGUUUCAUAUGAUUGUCGAACAAGAUAUUUUUAGUGUGCAAUUAAUAUUUGACGAUCGAAUAUUUGCAAUAGCAUCACGUCUUAUAUUAUUAAAAUGGUCGGUAGAUGCUGAAUUACAUGAUUUUCGACAAUAUUUUGAACAAGAAUGGAUAUUAUCGUUACUGUAUUGGUAUGAAGGAGCCGUUUGUUUAGCACCAUCAACAAAUAAUGGACUAGAAUCACUUAAUGGUAGAAUUAAAAAAGAUUACACAUUAAGAAAUCGUCUUCCAUUAUCUGCAUUUUUAAAAACAGUCGAACGAAUGCUAACCGAUUGGUCAAAAGACAGUGAAGAAAAACCAUUUCAGUCACAUAUUACGUAUAAAGAUGAUUUAAAAUUAGGUGCAUACACAUGGUUACAACAAGUGGAUAAAACACAGAUAUUACAGAUGAAUGCAAACGUUUAUUUAGUACCAUCCAAAAAUGGAAACAUGAGUACAACAACAUGGGUUCAACAAUUUUAUGCAGUGGCCUAG